AUGGAGGAUCUCAUGCACCAGGUGGCAGAACGGGUAGAAGCCCUGGGGCAGUUUGUCAUGAAGACCAGAAGGACCCUGAAAGGCCAUGGGAACAAAGUUCUCUGCAUGGACUGGUGCAAAGAUAAGAGGAGGAUCGUGAGCUCAUCCCAGGACGGGAAGGUCAUCGUGUGGGACUCCUUCACUACUAACAAGGAACACGCAGUCACAAUGCCCUGCACCUGGGUAAUGGCGUGUGCUUACGCUCCAUCCGGAUGCGCCAUCGCCUGUGGUGGCCUGGAUAAUAAGUGUUCUGUGUACCCACUGACCUUUGACAAAAAUGAAAACAUGGCUGCCAAAAAAAAGUCUGUUGCCAUGCACACCAACUACCUGUCAGCCUGCAGCUUCACCAACUCUGACAUGCAGAUCCUGACGGCGAGUGGCGAUGGCACGUGUGCCUUGUGGGACGUGGAGAGCGGGCAGCUGCUGCAGAGCUUUCACGGGCACGGUGCAGAUGUGCUCUGCUUGGACCUGGCUCCCUCAGAAACUGGCAACACCUUCGUAUCUGGGGGAUGUGACAAGAAAGCCAUGGUGUGGGACAUGCGCUCUGGCCAGUGCGUGCAGGCCUUCGAAACACACGAAUCUGACAUCAACAGUGUCCGAUACUACCCAAGCGGAGAUGCCUUUGCUUCAGGAUCAGAUGAUGCUACGUGCCGUCUUUAUGACCUCCGGGCAGACAGGGAGGUCGCCAUCUAUUCCAAAGAGAGCAUCAUAUUUGGAGCAUCCAGCGUGGACUUCUCCCUCAGUGGUCGCUUACUGUUUGCUGGAUACAAUGAUUACACCAUCAACGUCUGGGAUGUUCUUAAGGGAUCCCGAGUCUCCAUCCUGUUUGGCCAUGAAAACCGAGUUAGUACUCUCCGUGUUUCCCCUGAUGGGACUGCCUUUUGCUCAGGAUCAUGGGAUCAUACCCUCAGAGUCUGGGCUUAAUCAUCUUCUCACAGUGCACACAUAGGUACCUAGGCAUAGAAUUUGAAAGUGUCACAUGUUAAUAUCUUACUUCUGAGAGACUCUGAGGGCUUGGUGCAACUCAAAGGGAGCAACUCCAGGACUGAAAGUUGACAGUAUCUCCAACGUUACCAUUAAAACUGCCACCUAGAAAAGAUUCCGCCGUGAGCCCCAGCACUCGGAGAACACCCGCAAGUACAGUGUCUUUCAGUUUAAGCACUUUUUAAAAUGUAUUUAUUUUUAAGGUUGUUUUAGUAAUACUCUGUUCCCAACAGAAUUCAGCAUUUUAUAGAUUGUAUACUGUUUCCUUGAAUCAAAUUUGGUUCUGGAGCACUUUAAAGCCUGAUUUUUCUCAGUGUUUGUGUGACUUUUGGAACCUUCCUUUAGACGUGCUAAUGUUAAUGGACUAUGUGAGAAGGUCUUUGUUAAGCAGUCUGUUAAGAUUCCAAACCCAAAUGUAAUUAGAUCAAAUCACUUUAUAAAAAAUGUUUUUAUUGUAAGAGAAUCUUUUUCAGUCUCACAUCCUAUUGUCUUUUUUGAGAUCAAACGUUCUCAUCUAUGUGGACCAUUAUGAACAGAGAGGUGCAUAAAAUGGAUAGGAUGUCUGAUGUCUGAAUUAUGUGAUGUAUCACUGCAUCACCUGGGCAGAAAAUUUUCUUUCCUUUGAGGGAAAAGUGGAAUGUCGUUGUGACAUAUUGCUUCUCAGAGCAACCAAAAUCUUUCUGUGUAAGAAUACAACAGUAAACUUACUGAAAAAUUGACUAUAGUAUUAGAUGUAUUAGGAUUAGUAGUAUCCACUCAGGCUACAGUGAAUCUUGUCCAUAUAAACCAUACUCAUAUUUAUUGCACUGCGAGUGUAAUUACAUAUAUAAAUUGACAGGUCUCAGAUGAUAAUGCCUUUGCUUCUCUUAUGUUGAGAAAAAUAUAACAAAAGUUAUCUUGUCUUUACUUGAGACUUCAGUGAUUCCUUUUGGAAAAUACAAGCAUGUUUGCUACAGGGUACCUUCCUUUUUUUUUUUUUAAUUUAAGUGCUUAUUCUUUGUUUUAGAAAACUCAUUCAGGAAGAUGGCAUGCAUUGAUUUGGGAAAAUAAAAGGUCACCUCAGACCAAAAUCA